UGGAGGCGGGUCACGAUUUGUGGUCAAGACGGAUAAUGUGGCGACGAGUGACUUCCUGACCCAGAAGAAACUCACGCCAAAACAGGGACGAUGGCAAGCAAGACAAACUUGCCAAGUUUGAUUGAUAUGGUGCUAGAGUAUAAGCUUGGACGGACCAACCAGGUCGCGGAUGCCUUAAGUAGGAAGACAGAGCUGGCGGCAUUUAAGUGUGAGGCAGUGGCAGCCACCAGCAGGGUCCCGAGUACCCUACCGCAUCGUAUUCGAGAUGGGCUUGAAAAAGGACCCGCGAGAAGCCUUUUGUACCAAGCUAAGGAAUGCAAAACUCGGCUUGGAUCAAGGAUGGGCUCUUGGUCACAAAAGGGAAUCUACUUUUUUUUCUUCCAAAACCUUUCUUUUUUCGGUAUGCCGCUCCGCGAGCAAGGAGUGCCACGCACGAGCGGAGCGAAAACAAAGCAGGGGGAAUUCUUCGUUGGGGGAAAUCCUUUGAUUGCGUAUUGAAUAUAGAUCCAUGUCUUUCUUGUUCCACUAGCUAGGACCAAAUUCUCACAUGUCCGUUUCGUUAUUACAACCUUCUUUUUUGAUGUCAAAGACCAGAAGCUACGCGCAAAUUCUCAUUGGAUCUCGGUUGUUCUUAACAGCGAUGGCUAUUCAUUUAAGUCUUCGGGUAGCACCACUAGAUCUUCAACAAGGUGGAAAUUCUCGUAUUCCGUAUGUACAUGUUCCUGCGGCUCGGAUGAGUAUUCUUGUUUAUAUCGCUACGGCUAUAAACACUUUCUUUUUCCGAUUAACAAAACAUCCCCUUUUUCUUCGCUCUUCCGGAACCGGUACAGAAAUGGGUGCUUUUUUUACGUUGUUUACCUUAGUUACUGGGGGGUUUCGGGGAAGACCUAUGUGGGGCACCUUUUGGGUGUGGGAUGCUCGUUUAACCUCUGUAUUCAUCUCGUUCCUUAUUUACCUGGGUGCACUGCAUUUUCAAAAGCUUCCUGUCGAACCGGCUUCUAUUUCAAUCCGUGCUGGACCGAUCGAUAUACCAAUAAUAAAGUCUUCAGUCAACUGGUGGAAUACAUCGCAUCAACCUGGGAGCAUUAGCCGAUCUGGUACAUCAAUACAUGUUCCUAUGCCCAUUCCAAUCUUGUCUAACUUUGCUAACUCCCCCUUCUCAACCCGUAUCUUGUUUGUUCUGGAAACACGUCUUCCUAUUCCAUCUUUUCCCGAAUCUCCUUUAACGGAAGAAAUAGAAGCUCGAGAAGGAAUACCAAAACCUAGUUCACUCGCGGAGUAUCUUUGCAUCCAUGGCUGA